AUGGCAUCGCACUGGAUCCCGCCUGAUAUAACGACUGUGUGCACAGAAGCUUUGGCGCCCUUAACGCAAUGUACACAAGGAACCUUCAUGUAUUUGGCUCUCGUUACCCAACUGUUUGGCAAAUCUCUCGACAUUCCGACGAACCCGUACAGGACGAUAACCGAGCCGAUCGUCCCGGAACCGAUCUAUCGGCCGUACGAGCUCGAGAAUUAUAAAGGGGAUGAAUAUUUAGAAGAAGACUUUAAGCCGCAGCGCAGCAGAUUCCGAAAUUUCCUCGCGCCGAUUUUCAAUUUCGAUAAUUUUCGACACAGUUUCCUGGAUCCGGAAUCCGCGUAUUCGGAGAAGGUGACGGUUAAAGAAGAGAAGAAGGAGAGGAAAAGAACAAGAAGCAAGAGACAGGCGGACGAAUAUGACUUUAUCAUUGUGGGAGCCGGCUCAGCGGGAUGUGUGAUCGCUAACAGAUUAUCUGAGGUGAAAAAAUGGAAGAUACUUUUACUGGAAGCGGGUCCAGAGGAACCGGAAGUGACCAGCGUGCCUUCACUGGCUCCUCUUCUCGGAAGGUCCAGCAUCGAUUGGCUUUAUAACACUCAACCCGAAGAGUUGUCCUGCCGAUCACAGAGAGGAGGAACCUGUGCUUGGAUAAGGGGUAAAACCAUGGGCGGUUCGAGUGCAGUGAAUUACAUGGUGUACAUGAGGGGACACCGACGUGACUACGACCACUGGGCCGAAUUGGGAAAUGUGGGCUGGAGCUAUCGAGAGGUCCUGCCGUAUUUCAAGAAAUCCGAAAACAAUAGAGAUAUCGAGUCCCAUGAUAAAUUCUAUCAUUCCGUCAGGGGACCGCUAAAUGUCGAGAGAUUUCCGUAUACCGAUGUGAAUACUAUUAUGUUGGUGGAAGGAUUCAAAGAAACUGGGUUGCCUAUAGUCGACUUGAAUCGUGAGAGCAAUUUCGGGACAGAUAUCGCUCAAUCUACAUCAAUCGAUGGACGUAGGGUGUCCACAAAUGAGGCUUUUAUAAGACCAAUACGUUAUAAGCGGCCAAAUAUUCAUAUAGUCACCGAAGCGUUUGUCACUAAACUUAUUAUUGAUCCGCAUAAAAAGACUGUUAUUGGAGUUAAAUAUCAUAAACAUGGAGAAAUAUUCGACGUGUACGCCAAAAAGGAGGUGAUUGUCAGCAGUGGGGCCUUAAAUUCCCCAAAAUUACUGAUGUUGUCAGGUAUCGGACCCAAAGAACAUUUGGAACAGUUAGGUAUACCAGUCAUAUCUAAUUUGAAAGUUGGAUAUAAUUUACAAGACCACGUCACUACCGAUGGUCUUAUAUUAUCCCUUUCUAAUUUGACUUCUACUCGUGUGAAUUCUGAAGAAGUUUUGAAAGAAGUUACUGAAUAUCGCCAACAGGAACCAAAGAAAAAUGGACCUCUAUCAACAACAUCUACUCUGAAUUCCGUCGCCUUUAUAAAAACAAAAUUUGCUGAAGAACAAGCUCCAGAUGUUCAAUUCCAUUUUGACAGUAGAAAUGUUGAAGAGUUUUACGCAGAUCCAACCUCGUAUAGAGCAGCAAGCGUGUUACCGCUAUCAUUUUAUGAUGGGAUUGCUGCUAGGCCUUUGCUACUGAAACCUAAAAGCAGAGGAUUUAUAUUACUAAAUCAUACUGACCCCGUCUUUGGUCCGCCGUUGAUAUAUUCGCGAUUCUUUACAGUGAAAGAAGACAUGGAUGUUUUAGUCGAAGGUGCAAAGUAUGUAGUAAGCUUGGAAGAAACGGAAGCGUUCAAACGAAGUGGUGCCAAGUUUGUAAAAGUACCGGUCGGUUCGUGUUCAGCACAUAUUUGGGGAACAUACGAGUAUUUCGCCUGUCUUUACAUGGAGUACACUUCAACAAUUUACCAUCCAGUGGGGACAUGCAAAAUGGGACCAAUAUGGGAUAAAACUGCUGUAGUCGACCCCAGGUUGAAGGUUUAUGGCGUGAAAAGGCUAAGAGUAGUAGAUGCUUCAAUAAUGCCUUUUAUUGUACGAGGCAAUACCAACGCCCCAGUUAUAAUGAUCGCAGAAAAGGCAUCUGAUAUGAUAAAACAAGAUUGGAUUAGUUAAUUUACACUAUUUGAGCACUUAAUUUUAUAUAAUAAAAUAGUUUAUAAAAUUCAAACGAAUUAAAUUAACAAAAGACGCAAUGAAUGCAAAACGCAGCAGUGCCUAAUGAAUUACUUUUAUACCAAAGAAAAGCUAAGUUAAAACGUUUGCCUUGCUAAAGCGCUACCAACUGAACUUUUGCCUUCGAGUAUUUGUAAAAAUAAUGAACACUUGAAUUCUACAUUCAUUUUAAGUGCAGCAAGUAAAACAAGAAAGUUUCAAACAAAGACCAACAGAAUAUCUUGCGCUGAAUCAUCCACACAGAAGACAUUGCGAGUGUGGCCAGUAAAAUAAAUCAAAAACGCCUUCAUA